CCCUCAGCCACAGGCGCACUCCGAGGCUCCUGCAUUGUUGUGCCCCUCGAGAUGCCAUUGAUAUACGGAGCACGCUUCGUUCCUUUUCGUCUCAUCGACCCUCCGCCGAAUUGGACAUGCCACAAGGCUCCCGUACCACGAUGCCUUUACCUGUUGAGUUCCAGAACGAAAUCAUCGACUCCAACAACUAUCCGAAGAACUUGAGAUUCUCUCUGGUCAUUGCUUACGGUUCGACGCUCAAAGCAUAUAAGCAGAGACUUGACGACGCAGAAAGUCGUCUCUGUCUCGUCACCGAUAAGCAGAUCAGGAACGACUUUGAGGUUCCCAUCAGAGACCUGCACACAGAUUCUGGGGAAGCUCUAGCGAAGAAGAAUCUCCAUUCUCCAGAAAAACUCACCCAAUGGCUCGGCACAUCUGUUGCAGUCAAUUCAACCGAUCCGAGCAAGAGAGAACUGGUCGCAACCAAGAAGGAUCCGAAAUGCCGUUUUAUUUAUCUCUUUGCUGAGCAUUCACGUGAUCGCUUGAAAAUCUCCCGGCGUAGCUUGACGGAAAUACUGACCUUCCAUCAAGUCCUGCCAGCGUACCUGGACUUUUUACUGGUCUUUGGCGCGCAAAGCGAUCCAAAAGAUCUCAGAUUCAGCGGAUUCCGCGAGCAGACGGCGAUAAAGAAGACUCCUCGGACUUGUAAUAUACCGGAACUAGGACGAUCCGGCCGCCAUUUCAAGCUGUGCUAUAACCUCAAAGGUGUUACUCUUAAGAAAGAAAACACUGAGAACAUCAAGUUGAGCGAAUGGUCCAUUCGUCAGGCAGCAGUGUAUCACCAAUUCGACGUUGUUUUCGGCACCACUCUAUGGAUAGUCGCCAAGGGAAGAGAUGACAUACUGGAACGGUAUAAGGAGCUGACUAGCUCUCAAGGAAGGCCUGAGGACAGGACUUUUGACAGCCCGGAGGAUUGCUUUCGCUCCAGCCUAGCCGCUCAUCUGCUUUACUGCCAUUGGGCAACAGAAGACUGGCGAUGGUAUGUUCGCUGGUUAGAAGAAAUAGUCGACGCGGAGAGUGCGAUGGCGGUAUACGGACCUAGAGGACCUGGAUAUGCCCACAAGGAGUAUCGGCCAUACCAUAUCCAGGACCUUCAAUAUUGGCAGGACAAGAUCAAGGAGGCAAUCAUGAUUCUUGAAGCUAACACGGAAGUUAUUGGUGCAUUACGUAGGUUCUAUACGAACCUCAAAGUCCAGCGCGACUUCCCGCCCGCCAUAUUAGACGGCUGUAGUGAAGACUGCGCUGCUUUCUCUGCGUACCUCAUCGAGGUCAUGGACGACUUCAGAAUGCAAACAUCCCGCGCGAAACUCCUCGCUAGCAUCAUCAGCGAUCGCAAGGAACUCAUUCUGCAGCAUCUUCAGGGGCAAGCAGCAGACAGAACGGAACAGCUGAAUCUCAAUCUUGAGAAAGAGGCUAUAGUGAUGCGCAUUAUCACCCUCGUUACUCUGCUUUAUCUGCCUGCAACUUUUGUAUCUACGUUCUUCGGUACCGACGUCAUUAAAUACCAAGACCAGGACGGCGGACCGCCUGGUAUUGGGAAGUAUUCGCCGGUGGCGAUGAAGAGAUGGCUUCAAGUGACUAUCCCGCUCACUGCUGUGACUCUGUUCCUUGCGUGGUCGAUAUGGAAGUAUGCCGAGAGAGCGAGGCAACGUCAAAAGAACCCGGCACAUACACGAGGUGAAUACGCCCGGAACGAGAAUAUCAUAUCAGGCCAAGAGAAGUCAAAGCAGAUGCAGUCGGCUGCCACUGUAACGAAGCCACGGGAUUGGUGGCUGUUCGUGCAUCAUUUUCGACCACGAAAGACAGGUCAGCCGGGAACGGGGCUUCCUUGGAAAAAAGGUCGGGGUCUACCUUUUUUCAACACACCUGAAGGACCAACAUAGGCGGCUCGGUUCAAGCAGCAAUGUACAGAACGCUCAUUCAUUUCUCAAUGUUACUCUCACAACGUUCUGGACUGCCGCUCUCGCUUGACGUUUUGGGGCUCAUAGGUUGGGGCCGAACACAUGUUGAACCCAUUUUCAAUUGAGGAGCUGAAAGUUCUGUGGCCGCCUGUACUUCUGCCGCUUAAGCGGUGUCGACUCAACAAUUGCACCCGGGUCAUGCGUGUGAAGGAACUCCCAGCUUGAGGUGACAUGGGAAUUCCCAGCCUAGCACUGCUGCCUGCGCCAAUAUUUCGUUUUUGUCUCUGCCGGCAGGGAUCGUUACAGUAGGGCCAAUCAGACUGCUUCGUUGAGGAGUUCAGCUUCUGCAACUACCCGGAUGAGGGACAUUGAGUGGGACACAUGUAUUCGCAACUUCCUGCUCAACAUAGUACCGGUCAGGCGGGUGGGGGCUUACAUGCGGCCCCGAAGUUUCUCGACACUAUCCACACAGUGCGAA